AUGGAGAACAUAUCACUCGACAAUGUUCGAGAGAACUUCAGUUUCCGGGCCGAAGACGUGCAAAUCAAUGGGUUUAUAUCGAAGCAGGGCGUGGCCAAUUUUCUGGGUAUCCCCUACGCCCAGUUUCCUGCUCGAUUCCGAACAGCCAGGCGGGUCGACGUUGAUCUCCUCGAUGGACAGCUGGAUGCAUCUCGAUAUGGACCUCGCUGUCCACAAAAGACCGACAACAUCCACCCUAUGAUGCACCACAUGUUUGAGAAAUUGUCAAUGUCGCAGAGGUGCGAUGAGACCACUUGCCUGCACCUCAAUAUAUAUGCUCCUCCACAGUCCAUGGGUGUUGCGGAGCACUCCAGACUGCCAGUGUUUGUAUGGAUACACGGGGGAGGUUUCAACAACGGUGAUAACACGACUGAAUUUAACGGCAACCACCUUGUGAGAAGGUCCAUAGAUCUUGGGAGGCCGAUCAUCAUUGUGACUCUCAAUUACCGGCUCAACGUUUUUGGCUUUUGGAGCUCGAGGGAGAUUGUACAAGAAGCAAAGUCGCUUGGUGAAGUUCCCAUCCUGAAUCAAGGCCUCAAUGACCAGCGUAUUGGGCUUGAGUGGAUUCAGAAGUCGAUUCAUCAUUUUGGUGGAGACGCGUCAAAGGUCACUCUGUCCGGCGAGUCUGCCGGGGCUGCAUCAGUCUGUUGCCAUUUGAAAGGUGGCCACGCGCUUUUCCAUCAGGCCCUGAUCCAAUCCAGCCCCAAGCCACGCUUGAGGUCGCUUGAGGAGGCACAGGCUGCCUUCGAUCAACUUGUCGAAUCGGCAGGCAUAGCAAAAGAUGCGUCAGACACUGAGAAACUGGCGAGUCUGCGGGCUUUGUCGGCAGAUCGACUUGUCGAGUUGUUCGAUGGCAGCGUGUCAUUGCCCAUCGAGGAUCCCAACUGGUUUGAGUUGACCACCUCUUGGGAUAGUGUGCCACGGUGGUGUUCGAGGAUCAUCAUGGGCCACACGAAGGACGAAGCAGCACUCUUCCUGACACCAUUUCAGAAUCUGCCGGAUGCAGUGCUUGCGGAGCAUGUGCGCAAACUUGCCCCAGAGCUGAUGGGGGAGGCCCUGUUCUCUGGUGGUAAGGAUGCUUUACAGACUCUUACGGAAUGGGCGACUGAAGAGACAUUUGUACGACCGACGAUGGAUAUGCUCUCGGACGCCGCAGAGCAGGGCACCACCGUCUACGCAUAUGAAAUCUCCGUCGUUGAUCCUUUCCCGGGUCCUCUGCAUGGGUACGCGUGGCACUCGUUUGGAGUACCAUUGACCUUUUACGAGCCUUCGGCCCGAGUCUAUCCCCAGAUCAAAGCGACACAGGAUAAAAUGUCCGAGGCGUAUGUCGCUUUCUUUCACGGUCUCGAGCCAUGGGAGGCGUUUAACGUUGCAAAACGAAAGAUGUGCUGGGACGGUGAGCAGACUCGCUUGUUAGACUGUUCUGUGGUGGGGACGAGGGAGAAAGAGGACAAGACGUCGGAUCUGCCGUGCAGGACAUCUGCAGAAGCGGGCAUGGGGAUUAUCGCUGCGGCGUUGAAGAUGCAGACGUCCUAG